UAUUCAGUCCUGUGUAGACAUUGUAUUCUUGUGUAAUAUUUCAGCAUUGAGCAGCUUCGUUUAAUUUUAGGACCUGUGUUCUCCGAUGUCCUGGGACUUUCAUAAACACCACGACUGCAUGACUUUAACACACAGGCUCAGCCAACACCAGUCAGUCACUCAAGAGUAGCCUGUCAUAGCAUUACAUAAUGCAACAACAAACUUAAGCUUCUGCACAGGCUCAGAGGGAAUCUCUGCGGAGGCCCCCAGCGCAGUGCAGCGGAGUGCUCCGGUCGCUCGGUUGUGUUGUGGCUGUGACGCAGCGCAGAAACAGAAGCCGUACACACUGGAGUCUAUUCACCCAACACGCCUGCUCUUCAUCGAAGCAGACACUCCGCGAGUCUGCUUUUUUUUUCUGGCGACUCCAUUGGCCUGGACAGCUCCAGUCACCGCCGUGUGCUGAAUGCUUGGCUGAAGCUGAAAGAGACCCCCCCCCUUCUCUCUCUGCCGCAGCGUCUGUGACGAGCCACCAUGGUUCUUCUAACCAUAGAUCUGAUUGCUAAAUCUCCAAAGCACUUCAAAAAGAAAAGGGGCCUGUCGUUGCCAGAUUACCUCCAGACACUCACGCACCUCCACUUCUCCAGCAGGAAUAUUGAAGAUAUUGGUGAUCUCUCCAUGUGUAGAAACCUGACUGUUCUCUACCUGUACGAUAAUCAGAUCACACACAUUUCCAACAUUGGUUUUGCCUCCAACCUCACCCAUCUCUAUAUGCAGAACAACAACAUCACUCAUAUAGACAAUCUCUCUAAUCUGCAGAAGCUCUCCAAACUGUAUCUUGGUGGAAACAGGAUUGCUGUGGUGGAGGGUUUAGAGCAGCUCCCUGAACUUAAGGAGCUUCAUCUUGAGAAUCAAAGGCUGGCACCAGGGGAAAAGUUGCUCUUUGACCCCAGGACUCUCGCCUCAGUUGCGGAGUCUCUCUCUGUCCUGAAUAUCAAUACCAACAACAUUGAUGACAUCAGGGACAUUUCCAUUCUAAAGGAGCUCCAGUAUUUUUCUGCAGCUGGCAACAAGUUACACAAUAUUGAGGAAUUACAAGGUGUAUGCAGCCACUGGCCACAGUUGCUUCAGAUGGAUCUGAGAGGAAACCCUGUGUGUAAAACAGCUAAAUACAGAGACUGCCUAAUUACUGUGUGCGAAAGCCUAGAAGUUCUUGAUGGACGUGAAAUUAAUGAGGUCACCCGACAGUUUCUUAUUAACUGGAAAGCAUCUAAAGAGGCUAAGAAGAAAAAUAGUAAACAUAUGUUGCCCGGACCAAUGAUUCCCUAUCCUGUAAUAAAUGACUUCAACUCAAGUCAGGGUCCACAUAGUCACAUCCAACACCGCGCUAGUGUGCAGCAGUGGAGGCCACAGCACACUUUGAGGGCAAAACCAUUUCCAACGCCUGUGAGUGGCCUCCUCACGCAUGCGGCCGUCCCAACAGCUCAGUGCAGCAGUGUGGAUGCGUAGGACAAACCCACUGGGUCGACAGACACUUCACUCUCACAGUUUGUCAUGACAGCUCCUCUCUCUGGCUUUGUACACAUUGUAGUAGCACACUGCACUAUCCUUGAUCUUGAGGAUUGUCUUUAAAAAAUACACUCAUACAGUCACACAUUUGGUCAAGAGUCUGAAAUAAUUGUAUUGUUAUAAGUAUUCUAUGAAAAGAAUUGUUCAAAAAUAAAAUAAUCAAAGAAUAA